AUGCAUGUCUUGCUAGAUGAGAUUUAUGUCGAUGAUAUCUUGACAGGCUGUUCAUCCGAGUCUGAAGCUCUCGAACUGCGGCAGCAAGUUCAGGAUCUGCUCAUGGCGGGUGGUUUUGAGCUGCGCAAGUGGGCCUCUAAUCAUUCUUCUCUGCUGGACGGUAUUCCUCCUGAUCAUUGUAGAAAAUCUUCUUCAAUUAACCCCCUUCUUCUUGACCGUGAACCGAGUCUCAAGAUUCUGGGACUUGGCUGGAACCCUACAUCUGAUCACUUCUUCUACUCUGUCCGCCUGACUUCAGCGACAGUCACCAAACGGACUGUGCUGAGUCAGCUGGCCAGAAUCUUCGAUCCCUUGGGAUGGUUAGCUCCUAUCACCUUCUACGCCAAGAUCUUCUUUCGUCAGCUCUGUCUUCUUCAUCUGGAUUGGGACCAACCUCUUUCGAAUGAAGCCCAGCCUUCGUGGUUGCCGUUUCAAUCCCAGCUUCCCACCUUGGCAGAACUUCAUAUCCCUGCCGUGUCCUCUUCAGCUCAUCAGCUGAUUGGCUUCUGUGACGCAUCUGUGUCGGGCUACGCUGCAGUCGUCUAUCUUCGCAAUUCUACAUCAUCUGAUCAAUACCACGUGUCUCUUCUAGCGGCCAAAUCUAAAAUCGCUCCUUGCAAAGCUGUGACCCUGCCUCGUCUUGAACUGUGCGGUGCCCAUCUGCUCGCAAAACUCAUGCACCAUCUGUCCACCCGCGUUCUGCCGAAUCUCACAACUGAGUGUAUUGCCUUUUGUGACUCUUCCGUUGCUUUGUCGUGGAUCCGCGGUGAAAGUCACAGAUGGAAGACAUUUGUUGGCAAUCGAGUCGCUGAGAUCCAGGAUAUGAUUCCUUCAGAUUGCUGGAGGCAUGUGGUCUCUGAGGACAAUCCAGCGGAUUGUGCAACAAGUGGAGGUCGAGGCCAAGCCGACCUCCACUUUCAUGUUAGCAGCCAUCUCAGAUGA